AUGGAUGCUAUAGCGGGUACAGAUGAGUUUCAGGACUGGGAGCUUCUCCACCCCAACUCGGAUUUUCACAACUCGUCCGACUCAGUUGGCUCAGUCGAAGAAAUCGGCUUAAUCCAACACAACUAUUUCUCCUUGGACACUCAGAACCAAUACAUGGAUGAAUCAGAUGAUAAAAGUUCGGGCGAGUCGAAUAAUCCGAGUUGGAUUGAACCCGGGUCGGAGGAAAACCCUAGUCGGUUCCUGAAUAAAGAUCCCGGCGAAUUCUGGACGGAUUCGAGCAGCGACCGGUCUAAUGAACGCGACGUUGUUGAUUUUGUGGGCAAAAUUGAAAUAGGUCUCUCUGAAAACGAGAAAAAAAAGGGGGACUUUGAAGGAAGUGAUAAAAUUGUGGAGAUAGAAGAAAAAUAUUCGGAGAAUUUGGAGAAGUUCUAUUCGGAUUCUGGUAAUAUUGCAGUGGAUCCAAUGAAAUUUAAUGACUUAGGGGAGAAUUCCGAAGUGGGUACCGAAGAAAACCCGGAUCCUCAAGGUGGCACGAAAGUUUUACUUGAAGAGAAGCACGAAAAUGAGACUAUUGAAAACGGUAGUGGAAGUAUCAAUGAAAUUGGAGAUAACAUAAAUGGUGAGAUUGGAAAAAAGAGUGUUGUGUGGUGGAAGAUGCCAAUAGAGAUUUUGAAAUAUUGUGUGUCUAGAGUCGGUCCAGUUUGGGCUGUUUCCGUGGUAGCUGCAGUGAUGGGGUUCGUGAUUUUGGGACGCAGCUUGUAUAAGAUGAAGAAGAAGAGCAGGGGAUUGGAGAUUAAGGUUACUAUGGAUGAUAAGAAGGUGUCUCAGUUCAUGAGCCGUGCAGCUCGUCUAAAUGAAGCAUUCUCAGUUGUAAAGCGGGUACCUGUGAAUCGGCCUACACUGACUUCAGUUGGGGUGACACACUGGCCUGGGAGGCGCUUGAGAUAA